AUGCUUCCCAAACUGUUUAUGUUCGUUCACAUCGUGACCGUCAGCGCGCGGAAUGUUUACUACGAGCAGUCUUAUUCCGCGCACGUACAAAGUGUGCCUUCCUACAGAGAUGGGCGCAUUGAUCAAAGGGUCUCAACAGACUGGAACGACUGCGACGCCGUGUUCGACGAAAGUGGCUCAAGACAGAGAGAAGUUCCCUCUGAUAAUGGAUAUCGAAUACAGGAUCAAAGAAACAAUAAAGGACGAAGGGUGGACGCAAACACCAAAGGAAUUCAAAGAACGGAGCACGUCAGUGACGUAAUCACCAACGAGCAAUACGCUGUUGACGUGAAAUAUAUUGAGAGACUUUUGAAAACAAACAGACGGCCCGAUACGGUUAUCUUUCACGGAAACGUGAAUUACGAUCGUCAGCCGUUCACUAACGAGCGGAGACCGGAAGACAACGUCGUGUAUAGUACAGGAUCUAGGCAAGAACCCGUCGGGACGCCCGAAAACCAAGAAUUACCGAAUAGGUCAGAGACGAGACCUCUUCAAAGUUCAAACUCCAACACGUCGAUUGAUCAUAACAAAGGCACAAAUAAAUACAAUAAGGAAGAAACGUCUGAUAAAAAUAGAGGAGAAGAAACAACUACCCUAGAAGUUGAUUUAGAAGACAGGGUGGCUUUCACGGGGGACGCAUGCGCGACGGGUUACGCCAAAAUUCAGGGGAAAUGUGUGAAAGAACAGAAG